UACAUAGAUCUUAAUUUGGCCCAAAACAAAAACGAGUUUGACUGUAGAUUCAGUGAUCUGGACAUUGUUAUCUUGAGACUUAUGUGUGAAGGAAGUUGAACUUGUCUUGUUAUUUUGGAGACAUUUCCCCUCUCAUUGAAAGGCUUCUUCAGUUAUGAAAUUUAGACUGAGAUGUAAUAAGGAAUGAUCUCACUGAUAGGGCAGUAAAUGACACUAGCACCUUUAUUUUCAGAUCAGGAAACAAAAUCUUAAAGUGAAUCUGAUUCAGCCAAAGUGCACGUUGGCUUGAUGCCUGAAUUACUGAUGUUUCAUUUUAUGACUGUGCUUAUAAAUAAACAUGAGGGAGGAAACAAAUCUAGAAAAAUACUGGAAGUUAGAGGUGUGGCAACACCAGGGGAAGAGGAUUGAAUUGACUCACCAAAGUGAAGCCUUCUCACAGCAUCAGCAGAGUUGCAGACCAGACAAACUGUUUCAGCAACUGAAUCAAAUAGUGGAGCUGCGAUGAAGAAAGAAGACAUCUUGAACACUUUGAAAGAAUUAGGUCAGAAAGAGUUUGAUGAAUUCAAGUGGUUCCUGGAGCAACCUGAGACUCUUCCUGAACUCCCAGCAAUCAGUAAACAAGACCUGGAAGGAGCAAAUAUUCUCAGGGUUGUGGACUUGAUUGUGCAGACUUACACACUUGAUCGAUGCAGGGAGGUGGUCUGCAUGCUUUUAGAGAAAAUUAAAAAAAAUGACCUGCGGAACAGAUUGUUAAAAGAUUGGAUGGGGGAGACGGAGGCUGAAGUUCAGGAGAUGAUCCAGGAGAGACGACUGAAGAUCCAGGAGAUCAGAGAGUCGGUGAAGAUCAGUAAAGAUGCUGCAGACAGAGAGAAAGCAGAAGGUGUUCAGGUCUUCACGGCUCUGAUAGAGUCUGCUGAGAGAGGCCUGAAGGAGCUCCUCAAGGAGAUCCAAGACAAACAGGAAACUACAGAGAAACAGGCUGAAGACUUCAUCAGAGAUCUGGAACAGGAGAUCUCUGAGCUGAAGAAGAGGAGCUCUGAGGUCAAGCAGCUCUUACAGGAUGAAGAUCACCUCCACCUCCUCCAAAGCUUCUCCUCCCUGAAAGAUGCUCCACCCACCAAGACCUGGACAGAGGUCAGAGUUCAUCCACCAUCAUAUGAGGAGACUGUGGUGAGAGCUGUGGCUCUGGUUGAGCAGAAUAAGGAGAAGAUAUUGGAGAUGAAGAGGGUCCAGCAGUUUGCAGUGGAUGUGACUCUGGAUCCUGAUACGGCUCAUCCUAACCUCAUCCUGUCUGAUGAUGGAAAACAAGUGAAACAUGGAGAUGUGAAGAAGAAACUUCCAGACAAUCCAGAGAGAUUUUCUAAGUGUGUUAAUGUUUUAGGACAGCAGAGUUUCUCUUCAGGCAGAUUUUACUUUGAGGUUCAAGUUAAAGGAAAAACUAAAUGGGAUUUAGGAGUGGCCAGAGAAUCCAUCAAGAGGAAAGAAUUUAAACCACUGAGUCCUCAGAAAGGUUACUGGACUGUUAUAUUGAGAAAUGGAAACGAGUAUUCAGCUGUUGUUGGAUCUCUAAUCCGUCUCCAUCUCCAUCCUGGUCCUCAGAAGGUGGGGGUGUUUGUGGAUUAUGAGGAGGGUCUGGUCUCCUUUUAUGAUGUAGAUGCUGCAGCUCUGAUCUACUCCUUUACUGGCUGCUGCUUCAAGGAGAAACUCUACCCAUACUUUGGUCCUGGCCUUAAUGAUGGAGGUAAAAACUCUGCUCCUCUGAUCAUCUGUCCUGUUAACCAGGCUGGUUGUUGAUCUGAUGAAUGUCCAUAAUUGGUGGACCUGUGUGACUGUAGGUGAAGUCCUAGUGGUGGGGAGGUGAGCUGGGAAACAGUCUUAGCUCACCUGAGAGCAUCAUUAGUCCUCAGGUGGAAGUCAGUUAUUCAGUUCACAUCUGGAUUAUUUACUGCAACUCCUCCUCUGUUUCUGCACAUAUUGAGCUUAAUCUGAGUUAUUAUAAAGUUUAAAAUACUGUAAUUUAUAAAUCACUGAACGGCUUAGCACCACAAUACAUUAAAGAUCUG